AUGCCGGAGGAGGAGAGUCUGUUCAGGUCGGCGACCAUGUCGCUGAUCCAGCUCUAUAUUCCUUCCGAGACCGCCCAUGCUACCGUCCAAGAACUCGGAGAGUUAGGAAAUGUCAUGUUCAAGGAUCUCAACCCGGACGUCUCGCCCUUUCAGCGCUCCUUCGUCACCGACAUCAGGAGACUCGACGAAAUGGAGAGGCGCAUUCGCUUCCUCUACGCUCAGAUGCAUAAGGAAGGUGUGCCCGUGCGUCCUCUUGAAAGCGCUCUGCCCUUCAUUAGCCUUGGCUCCGACGGCCGUCGUGGUCCCCAGCUCAUGGACGAGCUCUCGGUCAAGCUGCGCGAGCACGAGGAGCGCCUGGGUCAGAUGAACGGCUCCUACGAAACACUUCAGAAGCGCUUACAGGAGCUCGAGGAGGCAAAGCAUGUCUUGCGCGAGACUGCCGUCUUCUUCGACCAGGCUGAAGGCCGCCAGGAUGCCGUCCGAGCUUCUGUCGAUGAUGCCAACGCCCCGCUCCUUGACGACGUAGAGUCGCACGCCUUCAACACCUCGCGCGGCGAUGACAGCGGCUACGGCACCUUCGAUCUCGAGUUUGUCGCUGGCACCAUUGACCGCAGCAAGAUGGCCAUCUUUGAGCGCAUCCUCUGGCGCGUCCUUCGCGGUAACCUCUACAUGAACUAUGCCGAGAUCGAUGAGGCUUUCGACGACCCCACCAAAGAAGAUCCCGUCCGCAAGAAUGUCUUCAUCAUUUUUGCUCACGGCUCGGAGCUCCUCGCCAAGAUCCGAAAGAUCAGCGAGAGCAUGGGUGGUACGCUCUUUCCUAUCGACAGCAACGCCGACCGGCGCGAGGAGAGCCUUCGCGAGGUGCUCAGCCGCAUUGAGGAUCUCAACAACGUCCUCUACUCCACCAGCGCCACCCGACGCACCGAACUCGUCAAGAUCGCCGAGGUGCUCAGUGCGUGGGAGGACGUCGUGCGCAAGGAGAAGCUCAUCUACUCGACGCUGAACAUGUUCCUCUUCGACAACCGCCGCAAGACGCUCGUCGCAGAAGGUUGGUGUCCUUCGAGCGAUCUCGGUCAGAUCCAGCUGGCUCUCCGUCGCGCCACCGAGAACGCCGGGACCAGCGCACCCGCCGUGUUGCAAGAGCUUCGCACGAACAAGGCGCCCCCUACCUUCCAGCGUUCCAACAAAUACACCGAGGCCAUCCAGGCGGUCGGCGACAGCUACGGUAUCGCAAAGUACAAGGAGGUAAACCCCGGUCUCUUCAACCUGAUCCUCUUGCCCUUCCUCUUUGCCGUCAUGUUCGGCGACGUCUUCCACGCCUUCCUCAUGUCGCUCGCUGCGCUGACCAUGUGCGUCUUCGAACGCAAGCUCGCCAAGGUCGACAACGAGAUCUUCACCAUGUUCUUCUAUGGUCGUUACAUGAUGCUGCUCAUGGGUCUUUUCUCCAUGUUCACCGGCUUCCUCUACAACGACAUCGGAAGCAAGAGUAUGCACCUCUUCCACACCGGUUGGGACUGGCCGCACCAGGACGGCACCAUCGAAGCCGUCCCCAACGGGAAUGUUUACGCUAUCGGUAUUGAUCCUACCUGGCACGGCGCUGACAACGCCCUCGUGUUCACCAACUCGCUCAAGAUGAAGAUGUCCGUCAUCCUCGGUGUCUUCCACAUGACGAUUGCCAUCCUUCUCAACGUGCCCAACUUCCUUCGAUUCGGUCAAAAGUGGAAGAUCUGGUCCGAGAUCGUGCCUCAGAUGCUCUUCAUGCAGUCGCUCUUUGGUUACCUCGUCUUUACUAUCGUCUAUAAGUGGUCGAUUGAUUGGUACGAGACCGAUGCCAAUGGCACCGUCUUCCGUAACAACCCGCCGGGCUUGCUCAACAUGCUCAUCUACAUGUUCCUUCAGCCCGGCCAGGUCGAUCCAAAGACCGAGCUCUAUUCGGGUCAAGCCUUUGUCCAGACGGUGCUGCUGCUCAUCGCCUUCAUCUGUGUCCCCUGGAUGCUCGUCGUCACUCCUUACAUCGAGUGGAAGGAGCACCAGAAGACCAAGGGUCAGGGCUACCGCACCAUCGGUCACGCCGACGGCGCGCCUGCACUUGGACUCGACGGCGAUGCCGACGAGGAGGAGGACGCCGACGAGAACAGCCGUCUCACGCAGGGCCAGGGCAACGGCCACGGAAACGGCGGGGGUCACGGCGACGGUGAGAUGGAGGAGGAGCAUGAGUUCAACAUUGGCGAGGUGGUCAUUCACCAGGUCAUCCACACCAUCGAGUUCUGCCUCGGAUGCAUCUCUAACACGGCUUCCUACCUGCGUCUGUGGGCCUUGUCGCUCGCCCAUGCGCAACUUUCCGAGGUGUUGUGGACCAUGACUAUUCAGAACGCCUUUGGCAUGACCGGUGUCCUUGGCGCCAUCGCAACCGUUCUUGCCUUUGGCCUGUGGUUCUGCUUGUCCAUCGCCAUCUUGUGUUGCAUGGAGGGUCUCAGUUCGCUGCUCCACGCUAUCCGUCUGGCCUGGGUCGAGUUCGGAAGCAAGUUUUAUCAGGCUGGAGGCUACCAGUUUGAGCCGCUCAAGUUCUGA